AUGUCCAAGCCGUCGGGCGCUCAGGGAAAAAGAGGUACCGAAGAGGGACCCGACAACCAGCUCAAGGCCCUUGCGGACACCUUGAGGGCGAGGAAUGGCGUCCCUUGGAACUACGCCAAGCUGGAGCUGGGACACGGCGCCGUCAGGGUUGAGUACUUCAGGGGCAAGGACUUCGCGCGGCAUUUCAGGGCCAAUCCCGAGCUGCUCGAGCCAUUCUUUGAGAAAGGUGCUCCAAAGAGCGUGGAAGAACGCAUAUCCGCGCUGGGCGACAAGUUUCUGGCGGAGCUCCUGGUUCUGAAGACCGAGCGCAAGUACAAGAAACACAAGCCCAGCCUGAAAAGGCUUGUGAAGUGGCCUAAAACGCUCCUCCGGAUACCUCCACAACAGGGCGGUCAAAAAUGGUCUGAGGGGGCUUUCUACUCCUGGGAAUAUGAGCGACCAUCCUCGCCUUAUCUGUUGUUCUGGUCCACUCUGAUGGUGCUUGCUGUGCUUGGCAUCUGCCUAUUCCCCCUGGCACCAUAUCAAGUGAAGCUCUACGUGUCGCACACAUCUCUAACACUGCUCGCUUUGCUCGUAGGAUUCCUGUCAAUUCGUUGGCUGCUGUUUGCUGUGCCAUGGGUUUUGACGGGCUACGAGGUCUGGCUCUUCCCUCAACUGCUGGAUUCCGAUGAUGUGACCACAAUGUUCAAACCUGCAUUCACGUGCGAAAAGGCCAAGGGGAAAAUGUCUCAUUGGCUGCUGCGGCUGGUUUGUGCCUCCAUGGCUGCGGUGCUCGUCUGGUUCUUGUAUGCAUACUCGCCUGAUAGGGCGACAGUGAAGGAAGGAGCCAAGAAGGCCUACGACUCCUACAUGGAGUUCAUGCGGCAAGAUACCAAAUCACUUGCUGGAGAAAAAGCAGACCCACCAAGUCAAGAGCGUGCUAGCCCUGACGCUCCGGAGUCAGGCCAUUCAGGGUUGGGCCAGGAACUGUAA